GGCAACGCAAAAAGAAGAGGUAGCUAUAUAUUAUACCAAACGUAUUCCAAACAUGGCUGAAAGAUUAACGGAGCUAAAGCUCAACAACACAGCCGCGGCAGCCACUGUGGCCUCCGGCAGUGGCAGCGGCGGCGGCCAGUCUCCAAGGGGACGGUGUGUGGCGCCGUUUCUGUUGAAGACGUAUGAUUUGGUGGAAGAAGGCGGAGUAGCGGAUCAAGGUGAAGAAGAAGAAAGGAAGAGACCAUCAAUAGUGUCAUGGAACGAGGAAGGAGAUGGUUUCGUAGUGUGGCGUCCUGCAGAAUUCUCAGAGCUCAUCUUGCCCAGAUACUUCAAACACAAUAACUUCUCCAGCUUCAUCCGCCAAUUAAACACCUAUGGGUUCAAGAAAGUGUCAUCAAAGAGAUGGGAAUUCAAGCAGGAGAAAUUUCAGAGAGGUCACAAGAAGUUGCUGGCGGAGAUAACAAGGAAGAAGUGCGAGCCAAGUGUUUUCCCUCCAUACUUGAAAUCUUGUUCCGAAGAAAAUAAUAAUGCAGCCACAGAUGAAGGAACCAAUCAUAAUGAUAGUGAUAAUAAUAACAAUAAUGAAUCAUUGCUACAGCAGAACCAAGAGCUGAAGAAGCAGAACCAGCAUUUACAAUCACAAAUUGCCCAUUUCAAACAAUUACAAAGCAGGUUGUUGCAAUGUGUCUCCCAAUAUAUGGGCACCCCACCAAAAUUAAGUUACCACUCUCCUUGAUUCACAUUUAUGAACACAAGAGGGUGUGCCCCAAAAAUUGCAUCUCCUAUCACUGCAAUGCAUAUUGAUUUCCAUGAAUUUGAAUACUCAAUGUCUUUGUAUUGUUAUUCCUAGUUAGUUCAUGAGUAUUAUAUCAAACAUGAAGCCACGUGUAAGAUAUGUCGCACUCCUCUAACCUUUAAUAUAAGAGCUGCUUAACUA